GGCCCAGCCCUGGCUCUCAGCACACCCAGCUGGGGCUGACACCCUCCUGGAGCCUCCUCAGGGGACACACCACCCUGCCCUCACUGCCAUGUGCCCCCUGUGGCUGUGCUGGGCGCUCUGGGCGCUGCCCCUGGCUGGCCCCGCGGCAGCCCUGAGCGAGGAGCAGCUCCUGGGCAGCCUGCUGCAGAGGCUGCACCUCCGCCAGGCGCCCGUCCUGGCCAGGGCCGACGUGGAGCAGCUGGCCAUCCCUGCCCACGUGCGGGCCCAGUACGUGGCCCUGCUGCAGCGCAGCCACCGGGACCGCUCCCGCGGCAAGAGGUUCAGCCAGAACUUCCGAGAGGUGGCCGGCAGGUUCCUGGCGUCCGAGGCCGCGCUGCACAGGCUGUCCCCGCGCAGCGCCCGGGCCCUGGUCACCGUCGAGUGGCUGCGCGUCCGCGACGACGGCUCCAACCGCACCUCCCUCGUCGACUCCAGGCUGGUGUCCGUCCACGAGAGCGGCUGGAAGACCUUCGACGUGACCGAGGCGGUGAACUUCUGGCAGCAGCUGAGCCGGCCCCGGCAGCCGCUGCUGCUGCAGGUGUCGGUGCAGAGGGAGCUCCUGGGCCCGCAGCCCUCGGGCGCCCACAAGCUGGUGCGCUUCGCCUGGCAGGGCCCGCCGGGCGGGCGUGGCGAGCCCCAGCUGGAGCUGCACACCCUGGACCUCAAGGACUACGGAGCUCAGGGUGACUGUGAUCCUGAGACACCAGUGACCGAGGGCACCCGCUGCUGCCGCCAGGAGAUGUACAUUGACCUGCAGGGGAUGAAGUGGGCCGAGAACUGGGUCCUGGAGCCCCCGGGCUUCCUGGCCUACGAGUGUGUGGGCACCUGCCAGCAGCCCCCGGAUCCCUCGACCUCCAAGUGGCCGUUUCUGGGGCCACGGCAGUGCAUCGCCUCGGAGACCGCCUCGCUGCCCAUGAUCGUCGGCAUCAAAGAGGGAGACAGGACCAGGCCCCAGGUGGUCAGCCUGCCCAACAUGAGGGUGCAGAAGUGCAGCUGUGCCUCGGAUGGGGCGCCCGUGCCAAGGAGGCUCGAGCCGUAGGCGCCUGAUGCAGCCACUGAGGCCUCUGCCAGACAGGUGCAUAAAAGCAGGUGGUAAUGUAGGUCUUAUUUGGUAUUUAGCAAGUGACCCCUGUCCUAUCUUAGUGCCCCUACAUUACUGUUGCCCUGUGUUCUUUCAUUUUUGUCCUUCAUGUCCAUCACCCACCCCAAGCACUUAUAUGAGUAAAGAGUGCAGCUCCAGUAGGAAUUCCUGGCUUACCUAUUAGAGGGACAGCUGAACAAUGGACAGAUUGUCAGUUGGGAGUUUCUGUUCUCUGGCAAAUUCUCCACUUGGUAUGAGACAACAACCCUAUGACCAGAAUUGGGAAAAUAGAGCUAAUUUAUGCUAUUACAUGAUAAAUUAAAAAGAACCCAAAAAUCCCUUGUUUCCCCUAGACAGGGAGGAUGUCUAAAAUGAAUCCCUAUUCCCCCAAAUGCUGAGCAAUUCUGGAGUUCUGUGAACAUACCUAGGUCCCC